AUGGUUGAAUUCCCACCACCAGAUGUCGUCGUGGAAAACAUCGCACGAGAGAUCAGCAGGGGGUGGCGAAAGAGGGCGAAAAGAGAGGAAAGUUGGCGGGUAUCGGAUCAGGGGGGUUCAGGACGAAGUGGCCAGGAUUGCGCGAUCAUUAAGUCCGGUGUUGUACGACGAAGGAGGCUGUCGUCAAUCGCAGCCGAAAUCGAAGGCCAGUGUCCCGGAGUUGGACCAGCAGCCGCAGUGAACCUGACCGUGUCAGGAAGUGCCCGGAACCGUGCUACGUUCCGCGGACAGCGAAGAGCAGGAGCUGCUCGAGAUUUGGACAUCCCAGGACCUCUCGGGUUUACCCCAAGUUUCCCCCGUGAAACCCCGUUAGUUUUUGCCCUGGCCUUGCCAUAUCCGGCCCGGCAGACCAACCCCGAAACCACCAACCGUCAACCCGUUGGUCGGUGCGUCGCCAAGCCGCUACGUAACCUCCGUGUCCCAAACCCGGACAAUCCCGACGGAGGCGCUGCCUCGUCGAAGCCGGCAGCACCGUUACACGCGCAGGAAGGACACGGACGGCUGGCGAUAGGUCCGAGAAGCAGCAGCAGAAGUCGGAGGGUCCAUCCGACGACCAAGAAGCCACCCCCAUUGGCGUACUGCAGGAGGAGCUCAACGGUCAUCCGGACGGAACAACGACGACCGCAGUGCAGAUCGGGGCCCCGCAGCAGAUCAUCGGUGCACAAGGAAGUAGGAAGAAGGAUCGUGUGAGGUAGGAUCUAGGAAGUAAGGAAGUGGGAAGGGAGACGUGCUAGUGAGGAGUUAGGAAGUGUGCCCAAUAAACCGUCGACGGAACCCCGAGAAAUAAACGUAGUUUCCUUAGACGACUGCGAGUGUUUUCUUGGCCUAGCGUAACUUCGAGCGUCAUGCCGAUCCUGGGUUUUGAAGGAGAGUCCCAUCGGUAUCUGGCUCUACCCAUACUGGAAGCACAGCUCAGCAACCUCUAGUUGUUAUACUUGGCGCCCAACCAAAAUAGCUUAGGUUUCGUAGGCUCGGGAAAACGCUACAUUGAUAGGAGGUCGACAGAUUCUCUGGGAAAACUUCCGCAACUCAACUAGCACAAUUUUCAAAAAUCUUACGCUACUGUAAGCUACAAAAUUUAACUAAAACUGUUUCGUAUUUGAGGGGUCUUGUUGAUGUUCAAAAGAGAAAGUUAACAGUCAAUUGAGAAAAGACACAACUUAAAAAGAAGUCGGAAAUUACAAAUUCUAGUCAUUAAUUUUAAAAUUUUCCUUAAAUCCGGAUCAUCUUGAUCUGUGGAGUGCGAUUUUUCCAGACUGUAAAUAAAACACCGGACAAACAGAACUAUUUAUUUGGAAUUUAACCUAAUACAAAAUGAAACUAACUGUGAUAAACUGUGAUUAACAAAACUAGCAGCAUGAACAAAUUGUAGGAUUUUCCAAUUAUUUUUUGUCUCUUUUGAGAUUACUUCAGCUAGAAUAUUUUAAUUACGCUUUCGCCAAGUGCAACCAAAACUAGGAAUUUUCAAAUUAACAGGCGAUUGCCUUAAACUAGAAUAAUAAAUUAACACGAAAGCGAAUCAUAUUAGUUCUUUUCUUUUUUCUAUUUGAUUAUUUGAAGCAGGUGCAGAAGUUGAUUUUCGAUGAACUCAAUUCACGAUGAUCGAUGAGUUGACUGCAACCCGACAUCGGUGACAAAACAUCUGUGAUCAUGUUGAUCUGUGAUAAACAUCUGUGAUAUUUG